GCCGCUAUUUCACCACCGCCAUCCCUCUUCCCACCCUGCCUCGUGGCGUCACCGGCAGUGUGACGCUAGCGAGUCACCGGGGCGGUGAGGCGGCGGCGGUCAGACAGACAGACAGACAGACAAGAUGGCAGCGCUCGGUGGUGGGGCCGGCGGCGGAGGGGUGCGGCGAGCCUAGCCUAGCGGCCAGCGACGAGCCUAGGGGCCAGCGGUGGGCGGCCGGCCGUUUGGGGGCCGCAAGGUUCUAAAUGGCUUCUAAGAAGUUGGGGUCUGACUCUCAUGGGCCUUUCAGUUAUCUCGACGACGUCCCAUUUAAGAUAGGAGACAAAUUUAAAACCUCUUCGAAGGUUGGAUUACCCAUUGGUUUCUGCCUGCCUGAUUCUUCUCAGCUUGUCAGAGAAGCCCAGUAUGACUUCUCCCUGGAAAAGAAAACAAUCGAGUGGGCUGAAGAUAUCAAAAAAAUUCAAGCUGUCCAGAAAGGAGCUGAACGAAAGGCAGAAGAAGCAAUAGGAAACUCAAAAGCAGCCCCAGAGGACAGCAACAGACUGGGGUUCUCAGAGGGACCUUGCCCUGAGUCCAUGCCUCCUCCUAUUAACCCCAUCCUCGCUGGUCUGCAGCACAAUAACAUUCUUACUCCCACACCAGCCGACAGCAGUGCUGUGAAGCAAAAAGUUCUUAGUCCACCUCGCCCCAAAGCAGACUUCAAUCCAGCUGAUUUUGAAAGUGAAGAAGACCCAUUUGACAAACUGGAAUUAAAAACUAUCGAUGAUAAGGAGGAGUUAAAAAACAUUCUGGAAAUCCAUGUCGGUACUACUGGGCCGGUUGUUGCCCAGCUGUUAGAUAGCAGUUUGCCCAAAGGAGGGUCUGAGUCUGUGUUGCAAGAUCAGGAGGUUCUGGCAUCCAUAGAAAGGGCCACGUUGGACUUCAAGCCCCUUCACAAACCCAAUGGCUUUAUCACUUUACCGCAGUUGGGAAACUGUGAAAAGAUGUCCUUGUCUUCCAAAGUGUCCCUGUCCCCUAUCACUUCAGUGAGCAAUAUCAAAUCCCUAUCCUUUCCUAAACUUGACUCCGAUGAGAGUGAUCAAAAAUCACCAAAGCUCAUGAACACUUUUCACAGCACUACCUGUCUCCACAACAGCACUUUUCUCAGCUCUUUGCAGGCCUGUGCUCAGGCUAAAGCUAGCGAACUGAACGGACACCAUGUGGUUGGUCUGUCUGCUUUAAACGAGGACAGUGGCAUGGAGACAUUAACGUUAUCCUCUUCAACCAGGCUGCCUUCCCUGGCUGUGUCAACAGUUUGUACAGAAGAAGAAUUGUCUCAAAGCACAGUGACCACGGUACACCCAGACAACAAGGAAACAGAAAUGCCUAUGGUAAUGCACCAAAACUUCCCAGCGUCUCAAGUGCCUAAUAACACCAGCUGCGCAAAGCGGUCAGGUGGCCCUGCUCCUGACAUACAGCAGGCCCUCUCCGCUAGCGAGAGGCAGUGCAUAGAGACCAUCGUCAACAUGGGGUACUCGCCUGAGAACGUCCUGAAAGCCAUGAAGAAGGGACAGAACAUAGACCAGGUUUUGGAUUACCUGUUUGCACACGGACAGCUUUGUGAGAAGGGCUUUGAUCCACUUCUUGUUGAAGCAGCUUUGGAAAUGCAUCAGUGUUCAGAGGAGAAGAUCACAGAACUUCUCCAACUAAUGAGUCAAUUUAAAGAAAUGGGCUUUGAACUAAAAGACAUUAAGGAGGUCUUAUUAUUACAUAACAGUGACCAACACAAUGCUUUGGAAGAUCUAAUGGCCCGUGCAGGAGCCAGCUGAAAACACAUUCCUGGGAUCUCGCAUGCCAACUUCACAUCCAAUGUGACUUGGUCUCGGCAGGAAGGAGUCCAGCUUUUCACACACAUGGGAGCGUUACUGGGCAAGCCUACCUGCGUGCAUCACUCCAGCAUUUCUCUUUCCACUGGGAGACAACUUUCUUUCUUACUUUAAAUUUUUAAAGUGUCCUUUCCUAAGUUUCCUUUUUUUCCAGCUUGGCCAUGGAGAGUUUAAACUGCCCAGCCUCUACUGGAAUUGUACAUAAGCAGAGACUGGAGUGGUUCCUCCCACUGUUGCAGUGGAGUUGGACAGAAGAAUAUGAAGUUGGUUCUGAAACCUAGGAUGCUUUGGUUCUUUGAAGCUGCUUUCAUGGUGUCUGCUUGUACUGAAUUACUUGACUGUGUCACAGUCCAAAUUAACUGGUUAAAUUUGACCUUCAGUGCAAUGGAAUUUAAUUUUUUGGUUGAAAGUUAGCCUAUAACUUAGUAAAAACACUGGUUCAGAAACUGUCACUAUGCAUAAAGAGAAGCUGUUCCUCUUGUGAUUGUUUUUAACCCAUGCAUCCAACACUUCUGCCAGACAUGAGUGUCCAAUGCUGAGUGGUGUAUACGUUCACUUGGAACAGGUAAACCGUGAACUCGGCCUGGACCUGCAACUGCUGUUGGUUCUUGAACCCGAAGGCAGAGAGCUGGGGCUCAGUAUUCUUAAUCCCCCAGGCUUGUAGAAUAUUUAAGAAAAUGUUCUGCUAGGAAAUCAAUCAUCUUUUGUUUUAAAUAAUACUCAGUGUGAUGCAGGAGGUUUCUUUCAAGCACUUUCUUUAAAACAAAUAUACUCACUGCAUUAGUUCCAUUUUCCACAUUGCUGUAGAAUUACAUAAUAACAUCUAGUACUAGAAAUCAGGUUUUGAGUUGUUUUUAAUAGUACCGAGUAUUAUGUUAUACAUUGUUCAAGUUCUAAAUACAUAAAAUAUCAUCAGUCUUGAGGAAUCUUUAAAGUAAUUUGCUAAAUAUUUUGAUUCUGCAGAAGAACAACUAAUAAAACGCUCAAAUGUAGCUCCCAAUGGCAUGGUUCCCAUCUCUCAUGCUCUUUGGCUUCAGCAGAUGAAGAACUUGCUAGAUCCUGCAAGCCCAGGUGCUGCUAUCUCCUGGUUUCAGAAAAUAAAAAUGUGUAAGGUUCCUGCUAUCACCUUUCUACACAGGUUAGCUUUUUAAGGGUUAGGUAUAGAGACUGGUGAUCUGAUGUACAGUUUUACAAUGUACUGAGCUGUGUUCCAGACACUUCUUGUGUUGCAUUUAACAGUCAUGAAGAUAAAUAGUGAGCUGGGCACCUCAUUGAUCAGACAUAAUAGCCCAUUUUACAGAGAAACGAGAGGAAAGGGAUUAUUUCACAUCAGGUCAUAGGGCUUGUCCAACUUCUGCCUGGCUACAAGUCUGCCAGGUUGCACAUGAGCAACAGCAGCAGUGUGUAGCCCAGGCCAAGUGGAACCUCACCUUCCAUCACGAUGUGGGACGCUGUUGGAUAAAAUGUGACCUGAAACUCUGAUUAAAACUGAAAUGGAUGCAGUUAUUUUUAAGUAGAUCUUGUAUUAAUAAUUGUUCUCCAGCUGAGAGCAGAGCUUGCUGCAUUUAUUCCCAGGUCAGUAUCUAAGAAGUUGGGAAGUGUCGGUAUCCUUGGGGCUAGGGGCUACAACUACUACCACAGAAAAACGAAUCAUUCACAAGCUAAUUUGGCAGAACUCCAGCUAUCUUGUGCAUUGUAUCUUUGUCCUGCACAGACAUCAGCACUAAUGAAGAUUAGCUCAGCUGCCCUAGCUUAUGUUUCUUAAGCGCUUUAAACACUGUGUGGUUCAGUGUGUGGCUUGGCAGGAAUCUCUCCUGCAGCCACAGUUUCAUGUCUGGAGAAGUUGCAACCGUCUGAAAGUAGGAGAGAAACUGAUAUGGGAAGUCCAAGCUAAUUGCAUUGCUCUAAGCAAGGUCAUGCUGUGAAAUAUACUCCGUAGUGUUAAGUUAUUCACCCACUGCUGGGAGGCCUGCCAUGAUUGUCAGAAUUCUGCUAGCCAGAAAAUGAUUGCCUGCUACAAGGGGCAUAUAAUGGCAGGGCGUGACCAACAAUUAGCAAGAAAAAAUCUCAAAUGCAAUAAAAUGAUGAUGAUGAUGAUGAUGAUGAUGAUGAUGAUGAUGAUGAUGAUGAUGAUAAUAAUAAAGGUUGCUUUGUAUCAUUGCAUUCUCUGCCACAAAACUA